AUGAAAUUUGAGUUUGAUGAUGUGAAACGAGAGAGUGGACUUGGCAAUAGUUGUGUUGCAGCUGGAUUCACAACAGGUGAAGAACCAUCAAGACCUGUAGAUAGAGAUGACCUUGCUGCUGGGGAAGAGACAGUUGGAGUGGACCUUCAGGAAGAGGAGUUUCAGACUGAUUUUGACGGAGUGAGAGGGGAGAUUGAUUCACAGCACCAUUCCACCCUCCAGAACUCUAUGAAAUACGAAUUAACUGUUUAA